CAUAAAACCCAACACAAUCUCCUUAGAGAAUGGAAAAGCAGUAAGUUCUGUGAGUCCACUACGGAUAUAAGAAGGUCAGCAAAUAAUCAGUUUUAAAGCGCAUGGAAAACACAGAUCCCUGAUAUCAAUGAAAAAAGAAAACACAAGAAAAGAAAGAAAAAAAAACAGCAACACACAUCAACUACAUCAAACACAUCAACCACAUUACCUCACAGCUAUUUGCAUAAGGGUCCAGAGGCAGUACAGUAUAAGUACAGAGACACAAGCUAUCCAAAGAGAACUUAGCAACGGUUCUAUUGGAUACUGCCUGCUUCUGUAGCAGAAGAGGAGCAACUUUGAGGCUCAGAUGUGCAAACAGCUUUAAAGGCAGACGCAUCCAGCAGAAGUCUAAAACUACAAACCAGUUUCAGGAAAUCAGAAUGCCAUCUAUCCAGCUGCCAGUGCUACUCCUUUGCCUGACCUUGUCUGGUGUUUGCCUCAACGGCAAGCAGUCCCCUCCAGAAGUAAGUGAAAAAAUGGGAAGAAGUUCCCUGGAUGACAUCCUGCAGAGAUCUAGGAGCCACAUGCUUCCAUCUGUUGUCAAGAAAGUUGAGAAGAAAGAAGAGAUGAAUAAAGAAUUAAAUGUGCCUCUACCACAACGGCUUUCCAAAAGACAACAUCCUGGAAAAAGAUACAUAAGCGACCUAGAGAAGAGACAGCAUCCUGGAAAAAGAAAUGCUGAAGAAGAGGCAUCUUUUGGAGACAUUCAGAAGAGACAGAAUUUAGGGAAAACAGAAGUAGAAGGCUACCUUGCCAACUACCUGGAGCUGAAAAAGCGACAGCAUCCUGGCAGAAGGUCACUGUGGGACCAGUCCACUGACAUCUCUAGUUCACAGCUAACUUACUUAAAUGAGUUAUCCAGGAGGCAGCAUCCAGGCAGAAGAUAUCUGAUGUAUAAGCACCAGCAUCCUAGCAAGAGAAGCUGGAAUGAUGAGCUAGACCUAGAUGAUCAAAACUGGGAGAAACACCAGCACUUUGGAAAAAGGGACAGGGAUUCUGACAGCCCAGAUCAUGCAGGUCCCUGUGAUCUUCAGCAGUCUGCCAUUUGUAACAAAGGCAGCUUGUUACUUGACUUAGCAGAAAAAUUUAGUAAAGAGAGGUUAGAAGAAAAACGUCAGCACCCAGGAAGGAGGUCAGCACGGGAGAACAAAACAGAGGAAUGAGAAAGUAAUUCUUUAUCAUUUGAAUAUGGUGAAGUAAAAUGACAGAACAAAAAAAAAUGUUUAUUCCCUUCUGGCUUCCUGCUGCUGACCUCCAAACCUAUCUUUCAGUGAGUGAGUGUCCUCAUCUAAACCAGUGGUUUUGUCACACACCUCAAGUAAAGGAACUGGGAAGCACUCAGCUGAAUAGAAUAGGUGAGUAGUGUGCUUUCACCUCCCUCACUCUGUGAAAUUAAGAAUAGUCAGUUCCUUUAUGGGCCUAGAGCCUAGAAUAUUCAUGUUACCUGUGAACUACAACAGGCUCUUUAAUAUUCGUUCUGAUGUUACUAUACUAAUUACAUCAUUUCCUUUCGUGUCAGUGAAAUCAGUACAUGAUUGGGAAAAAAAAAAAGGAACAUAUGCAAAUGAUUUCAAAAUGAAACUGAAAGGCUUUUCAAUUCUAAAUCAUACGUUAAUGAGACCUCAUGCAUUACAAUCUAUCCAAACAAUAAGAACUGAACAGAUAAGGAGACUGCUCCAACUGCAACAGAUAAGAUGACUGGCUUCAUACUUUGACUUGGAACUGAAAAUUUCAUGAAGGAAGCUGCAGAGUACAAAGGGUUAUUGCAUCCCAGAAUAACUCAAUCUCCCAGUUGUGAAGUUGGCUGUGUACACCUCACCUUAGAGCCUCCAUCCUGAUGUGUUAACAUUUCAGUCAUUCUCCUUGAAAUAGGUCUUCUCUUUAGAUAUGUAAAAUGGAAACAAAAAGAAAAUCCUUUCUUCUGUCAGGAUUUCUGAGCUCUUCCCUCUCAAAGGAAUGCUUUCCCUUCUGUGAUGAGACUCACAAAAGUGUUUAUUUGAUAUAAAUGAUUCAAUAAACAUAAAAAGUAAACUCUGCGUCCUUACUGGUUGUGCAAAGCAUACUGUAGUAGAGAGAAAAAAACAAUCCAAGCUAAGUCAAAAUAAAUAAAUGAACACUAGGAGAUACUUUUCUAGGUAGAAGCUUCUUGCAUGCUGGUCAGCCCUUGUUUAUUUGUAAGACUGGUUUGCUAGCAAACAAAUAUAUUCCCUUUUAAAAUCCACUACCUGUAUGACACACAGGAACAGACAGCGGGGUUAAACCCAUAGACAUUUUGUCACCCAGUUCAUAAGGAACUUCAGAUGUUUGAGUCUGGUCUUGGCAGUGGUUAGAAGCAGACUUGUUUUGAACAAAAGAAGAAAGCUCAACUGAUCUAUGCUGCUCAAACCUUCUGAGUUCCAUGACCUUUUGCAACUUAGUUAUACAGCAAGUCAUGCUAGCAUGUAAAUCACUGAAGAGGAAAACGAGAAUUCAGUGUGAUUGAUUGUGAUUGAUUACUACGCGCACACAUACAUGUCUCUUAGAAUUGUAUAAGCAAUCAUUUAUCUGAAAUUAAAAUACCUCUAUAUGUAUUUGCAUGGUCUGCAAACACCAGUCUUCUGUGUUUUGUUCAAGGUCUCCGUUUUAUAAAGAUGUCAUUACGUGAGGUACGUACCUCAUGCACUGUACUAGCAGUAGAGAGAACAAAAAUUACAACUCCCAUUUCCUGUUCACAAGCCUAAACAUAAGAUCUACUGAUUUUUGCAACUAAUGCAUAUUUACUGUGAAUUGAGAGUUAUUC